AUGGUGACCAGCCAUGCUGAUAAUAUGAUGAAGAAGUUUUUUGCGCAUUCUUCCAAUGUCAAUUGUGCCAAGUUUGGGAGGCGGACAUCAAGGAUCCUCAUCACUGGUGGGGAGGAUUUGAAGGUCAAUCUUUGGGCUGUAGGGAAACCCAGUGCCCUCCUGAGCCUAUCGGGCCUUACAAGUCCAGUUGAGUCAGUGAGCUUUGACUCUUCUGAAGUUACCAUAGGUGCUGGUUCUGCAAGUGGAACAAUAAAAAUAUGGGAUGUUGAGGAGGCGAAAGUUGUCCGAACUUUUACUGGGCACAGAUCAAAUUGUGCAUUGCUUGAUUUCCAUCCUUUUGGAGAAUUCUUGGCCUCUGGAUCUUCAGAUACAAACAUGAAAAUAUGGGAUAUUCGAAAGAAGAGAUGCAUUCACACAUACAAAGGCCAUACCCGGCGAAUUGAUGUACUUAAAUUUACUCCUGAUGGUCGAUGGAUUGUUUCUGGAGGGGCUGAUAACUCAGUGAAGAUCUGGGAUUUGACGGCUGGGAAACUCUUGAAAGACUUCAGUCUUCAUGAAGGUCCAGUCAACUGCUUAGAUUUUCACCCCCACGAGUUCUUAUUGGCUACAGGUUCAGUGGAUAAGACUCUUAAAUUUUGGGACCUUGAGACUUUUGAGUUGAUUGGUUCUUCUGGACCUGAGAACAGCCGAGAAUACUUUGAGCUGGUAUGGUUUCUGAUCAUCAAUUUCUUCAUACCAUCAUAUAUCUGGAGUUUGCGUGUGGAAUUGGAUGAGAGUGCUUGUUGGAAACUAAGCACAUGAUCUGUAAUCAGAUAAUCAAUUGCUUAAUGGCAGCUGUCCUCAAUUUUUCAGGCUAAUGUAGUUCGUUCUAUGAAAUUCAACAGUGAUGGUAAAACACUUUUUAGCGCAUUACAUGAAAGCUUAAAGGUUCUUUCCUGGGAACCCAUCAUAUGUCAUGAUGUGGUUGAUGUAGGCUGGUCCACAUUAGCAGAUCUAACUGUUGAUGAAGGAAAGCUUCUUGGUUGCUCAUAUAACCAAAAUUGUGUUGGUGUGUGGGUUGUGGAUUUGAUGGUAUGAAGUAUUAUGAACAGUUUACUAUGUUAGCAGUUGAGUUGUUUCUUCCUGACAUGGUACUUAAUAAAUUUUCAGACAUGU